AUGCCCGUUCAUCCUUCACUGGAAGGAUCGACCUUCAAUGCCGAUUUGCGCGACCGGCAUCUGAUCUACGAUUACGCAGCACAAGAUGAGCACGGUAAUCCGGAGAAAUGGCGGUAUGAGAUGUGGUUCCAAAACGAGGAUCGUAUCAACUAUGCUAUCCAUGGCGGGCCGAUGGCAGGUCGCAUCAACUUCCAAGCGGCCGACUACCAAUGCAUUCGACCAGGUGAAUUGUGGCAGUGCAACUGGUUGGAAGAGACGGGAACCAUAUGCUCGCUGGUAUACGAUAUUCCGCGACGGAAGAUCACCACCUUGCUUGGCUUCUCCAAGGGCCAUUGGGAAAAGGCAGAGGACGCCCACGGCGAUAAGCGGAAUCCGAAAGACUUGGAGAGGUGGCGUGGCUUGGCAAAGCUGGGUAUCCAGACCGACCGUCAUAUAUUGAGCGAGCAGGCGGAUAUCUUGGAGGAUUUCCGGGGUCCGGGUGAUCUCAAGCCGGCGGACAAUAGCUGGCCUACUCUGUGA